AUGUCAGGGGACCGCCGUAUAUAUAUACACACGCGCGAGGCUGAUGAGCAGCACCCCACCGCCUGGCUCGCACCGCCUCGGAUCAGCACGGCUCGGCUCCGGUCCGCUCCGCUCGGCCCUGCCGGCUCCCCAUGCUUGGGGCUCCGCCGCGCACCCCCACAUGCCCGCCGGGAGAGGCCGGCAGCCGCUCUCCGCCGCCGCCGCGCCCUAGCCCGCUCGCCCCGCGCCCGCAUGGCUCCGCUGGCCGAGGUGGGCGGCUUCCUGGGCGGCCUGGACGGCCUGGGGCAGCCGGUGGGUGCACACUUCUUGCUGCCGCCCGCCGGGGAGCGCCCGGCGCUGCUCGGGGACCGCCGCGCCCCGGCCGAGCGGGGGGACCGGCGCGCCCCGGCCGCGGCAGCGGCGGCGGACCUGGCGCACUUGCAGGGCAUCCUGCGGCGGCGGCAGCUGUACUGCCGCACCGGCUUCCACCUGCAGAUCCUGCCCGACGGCAGCGUGCGGGGCACCCGCCAGGACCACAGCCUCUUCGGUAUCCUUGAAUUCAUCAGUGUGGCAGUGGGACUGGUCAGUAUUAGAGGCGUGGACAGUGGCCUUUACCUUGGAAUGAAUGAGAAGGGAGAACUCUAUGGCUCUGAGAAACUAACUUCUGAGUGCAUCUUCAGGGAACAAUUUGAGGAAAAUUGGUACAACACUUACUCAUCCAAUGUCUACAAACAUGGGGAUUCAGGGCGGAGGUAUUUUGUAGCACUUAAUAAAGAUGGUACUCCCAGAGAUGGGGCAAGGUCCAAAAGACAUCAGAAAUUCACACAUUUCUUGCCCCGGCCUGUGGAUCCUGAAAGAGUUCCAGAACUGUACAAAGAUGUGUUAGGAUACAGCUGA